CAGUACUCGCCGCGCCGCCGCCGCGACUACACGCUUGUCACGGUCACUCCGCGCAAGCGCGCUACAUCGCGCCCACCCCAUUGACAGUGACGUUUCUAAGCAUGACAUUCGUGUUUUCGGUGUGAUUGAAUAAAUAAAUUAAAAAUUAACAGUGAUCGUGGUUACAGUGGAUUUAUAUUAUUAAGGAUGGGUGUCGGCUAGGACCAUGAUGCGUAAAGGGCCCGUUUCGGGCGCGGAUUUCGCGCUGGACGCUGCCGAGUGUAUUUCGCUUCAGCAGAUUCUGCAGGCGUUUAACUCGACGAUAAGUGAGGAGCAUGCCUGGGCGCUGGCCUACCAGGCGGCCAGGUGCUACCAGAAGUGCCUGGCUGACGGGAAUACCUGCUAUUUGGCGACGGAGCCAAGGCACGUGCUGCUUCAUAAGGAUGGCUACGUGCAUCCUAAUACGCUGGUUCAACCUGGAGAUGACAGCAGCCGGGAGGAGGUCACCUCGGAACAGCAGUUGGUGGUGAACCUGGCGCUGGCCAUCUACCACGCGCUGGACUACACCCACUCGGAAGACGAAGAGCGGCUCAUCUCGCCAGACCUCGAGGGGCUCAUCACCGAGAUGACGGCUUGCGAGGCGCCUGAUGACGAGGAAGAACUCGGUAUCCUGUCCGAAGGCUCGGAGACAUCGGAGGGCGGACGCGCGGACACGGACGACGAGGGCAUCGAGCGCGACGCGGACCCCGCGCCGCGCCGCCGGCGGCGACGGCGGUUCAUGCUGCGCGACGUCGUCGAGCGUUGCGUAUGGCACUGCGGCGGCGGGCACCGGUCGCGCGACACCGCCGCCGCGCACUACCGCGCCGUGUGCCGCGCGCUGGUCGCCGAGGCGCUGGAGCUAGGGACCUUCCUGGCGAGGGUGCGCGUCGGCGGCGCCAGGGACCUCGGCGCCGCCGAGGAGUCCGUCACGCAUCUGGACACGCUGCAGUUCUCUGAUUGGUCAAACCGAAGGAUUUGGAGAGCCCUUCAAGCGCGGUUUUGGAUGCAAGUUAUCGGAGAGUUGAGAAUGGGUGUUAAGUUAAAAAAAGUCAGUUACUCGCGGACCCCCAUCGAGUACGAGUUGACCCCGUACGAGAUACUCAUGGACGACAUCAGAUCCAGGAGAUAUACUUUAAGAAAGGUUGACGGUGCGAUACCACCGAGUGUAAAGAAAGACGCACACGCAAUGAUUCUCGAAUUUAUUAGAAGUAGGCCUCCACUAAGAAAGGCAUCAGAACGCAAAUUACCCCCACCACGGCGAGAAGCGACUCCUCGAGAGAAGCUGCUGGCCUCCAUCCAGGUCGGGCGGCAGCUGAGGCCCACGCCAUACUCGAGGAGAUUAUCAACCAGUGGGUCCGGUAGCGGGCCGGGAGGAGGCGAGGCGAGGCGGGGCGACGUGACACCGCACGCGCAGCCGCAGAGGAGGCUCAUCAAAGUCGACUUUGACAACCUAGAGGACGAUGAAGACGAGGAAGACACAGAGACCUGCGCGACUCCAGAAGUAUGCGCGCCCCAACCGUUCCCGAGGCACACGGCACCGCAACAUGCGCCUAAACCCUGGAAGCGAACAGAAGAAACGCCUCCACGCGCGCCCCCCCGCACGCGAAUAUCGCACGACGAGUACCACCAGUUCUGCGACGAGGCCCUGGAAUCGUACGACUUGGCAACGCAAUGUCCGUCUCGACGCGCCUCCAUGCGGCGUCAUACCGUGGCACACGCACACCCUGUGUGCCCACCGAUAGAUGGCGCUCACUCCUUGCCACACUCAAGGCCGGGCUCCCGAGCGUCGUGCGCGGGCGCAGCCUCGCUAGCGAGCAGCGACGACGCGCAGCUGGGCGAGCUGUCCUGGUCGCGCUCGUCGCUGCAGGACGAGCUCAUCAAGUCGGUUAGUGGCAGCCCCAGAACACAGCACAAACAGUGGCAGGACGCCAUAAUGUCCGACGACCGACUGUCCCUAACUCUUGAAGAGAUCGUCCACAUCAGAUCAGUUCUGACAAAGGCGGAGCUUGAAGUAUUACCUGUCGAAGGCAGGGUUAAAGAGGACGUGGAGAAGAGAAGGGUAUGCUUCUUAUGUUUGAAGACAAGAUUUGGCAUAUUUGGUCCGUGGGGCCAGAAGUGCAAGCUGUGUAAGAAGACUGUUUGUCAGAAAUGCUGCUCGAAGAUGCGAAUACCAACGGAGCACUUUGCGCACGUGCCAGUAGUACUGCUCAGCCCAUCGUUGCUGCCGUCGCCAGAAGACGAGCCAUCCUUCCCGAGGAGCCUCAUGAGUAGGCUGGUGCCGGAACACUCGAGCUCAGAGCAGAACAGCGUAGGGAGCGCGCCGAACAGCCCGGCAGCCUUACGCCGUGCGGCCCCAGUUCACUCCGCGCCCGGCUCGCGCGGCACCAGCGCGAUGGGCUUCGCGGAGCUGUCUGUGCCGCCCGCCAUGAGCCGUAGUGUGGAGGGGCCUGAGAGCAUGCCGGUCACGUUGCCAGUGCAAACGCCAGAGCGGAGGGCCCGCUACAGCCGCAGCACGACGAACGCGACGGCGGCGGAGCGGCUGCGCGGCGUGCAGAUGGCGGUGUGCCACGACUGCAAGGCCAUGGUGCUGCAGAUCAUCAAGUCCUCGCGCGCCUCGCGCUCCGCGUCCCGCGACCGCGCGCUGCGGCACCUCACGCUCGACCUCGCGCCCGUCUACACCGCCGACUGCUAGUGCA